GGCCUUCUGCCCUUUGUCUCUUCCCUGAGCGGAAUCUGGUACCUACACCUUUAAAAUGAUUAGCCAAGACUGAGGAAUUCCAGGGCAGAUGCCCAGGAGCGCAUGCUUGAAGCUAGCUCAGAUUGGUCCAGUCCGGGUAAGGGGCGGGCUAUAGCAAACGCCACAUAGGAGACUGGUCUUUCCUGUGGCUCCGCAAACGCCUGUGAUUGGUCAGGGCCUCUGGAGGCGGGCUCCGAGGGAAGCGCGAGGUUCUCCAGUGCAAUCUGUACUACAGCGCGGUGGGCGACAUGUCCGGGGAGGGCGGGCAGAAGCGCGGAGACACAGAGAGAGAAGACACUGGUGCCACCGGCCCCUUCAGCUUCAGCCCGAAGCCCACGCUCGAGGAUAUCCGUCGCCUCCAUGCUGAGUUUGCCGCUGAAAGAGACUGGGAGCAGUUCCACCAGCCUCGGAACCUCCUCCUGGCCUUGGUGGGAGAAGUAGGGGAGCUGGCAGAGCUCUUUCAGUGGAAGCCCGAUGCGGAGCUUGGCCCCCAAGCCUGGCCCCCUAAGGAACAGGCAGCCCUACAAGAGGAGCUCAGUGACGUCCUCAUCUACCUGGUAGCAUUAGCCGCCCGUUGCCGCGUGGACCUGCCCCAGGCAGUGCUUUCCAAGAUGGACACCAACCGGCGACGCUACCCAGCACAUCUAUCCCGCGGCUCUUCCCGCAAGUACACAGACCUGCCCCACGGGGCCACUUCUAACGACCAGGCUGUGGGGACUGCAGAUCCAGCUUGUGAGUCCACAAAUCAGGCCUCCACCUAGAAUUAUGGGCCCAGGCCCUACACCUCAGCACAGCAUCACAGGUCAUCAACCUAGGGGCCCCGCUUCCUGAAAUCUGAGGCUCAAGAACCUCUGGGAGACAGCCUCCUGGGACUUUUCUCACUCAAUAAAAGUGUUGUGUAACGA